CCCAUUUGUGGAACUAUAAAAUAUGAUAGGAAUUAAGAACUAAGAUGAUUAUACAAUGUUUGGGCUUCCUGUGUUAUUGUUCAGUUGUACCCGGGUAAUGUAUGCACUUUUCUAGGAAUCGAGGAAGAAAAUUUGACUAUUUCAAGGAAUUUCAUGUUCGACAGGAAUUUCAUAUUUGUAAACACGUCAUUUCUCUGACACAUGUUUAUUAUCUUUAUGUGUGUUUUUGGAUAAAACUUGCAUUUGAAAACGGUCUCAAGAGAGUUGGUUUUCCUCAGCUGAGCGUCUAAAGUUAACUUUUAUGCGAAGGAUCGAACUGACAAGGGUCACGCAAGAUGGGUUUCAACAACAUCUCUAGUUAACCAUGUAAAACGUGUGUAUUAAAGGUCGAAGAUGGCACAGAAUCCACCAAACUUUCAGUUUGGACAUGGGUCUUCUCAGACGGACAGCACUUCGAAAGCAUCAACUGAAGAUUCUUUGGAGACCGUCAACAGACAAAGGAUAAGGAAAAAGAAAGAAAACACUUUUAAACUACCUAAAGGCGUAAACGUUAUUUGUCAUCAUCAUGAGACAAGCAGGACGCCUGACGUGUGCCAAGGAUGCGAAUCAGAAUGUGUAUAUGCGUAUUGGAGCACUGUACUCAAGAAGUGGACAAAAGUGAGAAACAUCCCACCAACCAUUGCUAAGACGACCACUAUCAACUAUUGUUCUGGCUAUCGAAAAGGGGAAACGUGCAAACGUUGUACAUAUGCUCAUGGACCUGAGUUACAGAUGUGGAAUUUACAGCGGCAAUUGGAAAAAAAUCUACCUUCUCCAGAAAAAUACUUGGCAAACCAAAAGCUUAAGUCAGGAAAUACAAACAAUCCGAGCUGUAUGGUGCAUACAUCGCAGCCAAGUAGCAGCAAUAACAACAGCAGUAGCGACAGCAGCAGCAGCAACGACAACAACAGCAGUAGCAACAACAACAGCAGCAACGACAACAAUAGCAGCAGCAGCAACAGCAACGACAACAGAAGUACUCAGUCUGCAAAUGAAUGCUUCGAGGACUCAGAAAAUAUGAUAAUGCAAGCAAUUCAAAACGCACUUGGUCCGACUGGUCCUGUAAAGGAUAUCAAACAUCAUGAGCUGAAGCUUAGAGAAUCCAUUCCAGGAGUGGAGUUAUUCGUUAAUCCAGAAAAUCCUCAUGUACAGCUCGCCAAGGAGAACUGUGAUUAUAACUAUACCUGGGAAUUUCGUGCUCGAUUAAAGGUAGACCAAGUGCACACUAUUCCAGGUGUUUACCUACAGUAUCAUCGUCAUCAUUUCUAUAUUUCAAGGAUACAAGUUGUUGCAUUCGGUAAGAGCAACGACGAUGUUCUUCUAAUCCUUGACACUCCAUUAAAGGACGACCAUUAUCACCGUCCAUCAAUACAAUUGGAUUUGAAUACAAAAACGGUAGAUUUUGGAGUAGAAGUGACUUUUCAAGCUUCGAGUUCAGUAACUGGUAGUUUUAUCCAGCGUAUUUCGUUCGACUUUGGGACGAAGGGAUUGCUGAUUAAAGAGUUCAAUAUCGAUUUUGACAGCAGUAAAAUCUUACAAACACUCCUCGAAGCAAGACAAGCUAUUGGUCUCGAAAUUCAUCCAUGGGACCACAGAGAUGCAGAAAUCAUAAGAUGUAAACCCCAUCGAGCGAAAAAGAAGUUGAUGUCGACUUACUCUUUGCCUGAAGAUACAGAAAAGAUUGUAUCGGUUCAAAUGCUUGACGGGACGAUCAGACAGGACACUUAUAAACAGACAAUGCAUCAGUUAUUGUUUGCUGAGGAGAUUUACAUGAGAAAUUUACUUUCAAGACUUACGCCAAACAAACUAAAGCUCCAGGUCACAAAAUGCCUAGAUCUCGGAUUAGGCGGUAUGAAAUGUGCAGAGGAUGGUCAUUUCUUCGGAAUAAUCGAACUUGAUGAUGGCAUCGAAAUCACACCAGAUGAUAUGGCGGGCAGAGUUUGUUUGCGGAAUGUUCGAUCCGUUUUGAUCAUGCCAAAUGACCACCAAAAGUGUUUGUACGAAGCAGCCAUUGAAAGUCUCCAAAGCAAAAAGGUCAUCAUCGAUUUGACUCCUGAAAUUUGCAACGAACUUAACAUUGAAAGACACGAUUCCAUAGUUCAUGAUGUGUGCAUGAGAUUCAACUUGAAUCGCGUUCCUCAUUGUGUGAUGCACAAAGCUAUCGACAGGCUUGGACCUGAGCACGUAUUUCAACUUUUUCCAGAGAAGACGUCCCAUGCUAAGAAACGAAAAUCAAAGGUGAAAUUUCAGUCACUUGACCCACGCCUUAACGAAUGCCAGAAACGCGUUAUUCGAGCUAUCGCAGACGUUGUCCCCCCUUCUCCUCCACUUGUGGUGUUUGGACCCUUUGGGACAGGAAAGACCUUCACUUUGAACCAAGCGGUGAUAUACUUGAUGAAAGAGAAAGCCAAUCGUGUUCUGCUAUGUACACAUACAAAUUCAGCUGCUGACAUUCACUUGGAGCUACUCAACAAACACCUCCAUGGAACUAAUCGAGAACUUCAGUGUGCAGAAGACAUUCUUCGCAUUUACAGCCCUGAAACAGAACUGAACAAGACUUCUGAUGUUGUUCGGAAUUAUGCACUAGUGAAAGAUGGAGUUUUUUUGAUGCCAACUAGAAAGAAUGUCGUCGAUCAUCGUGUUGUCAUAACAACACUUACAACUGCUGCCCUAUUGACAGACCUUGAUGUCAGCCAUGGAUUUUUUACACAUAUCCUGAUAGACGAGGCGGCACAGGCUUGGGAAACAGAAGCACUGAUACCACUAGCCCUCGCUGGCCCCAACACGAAGAUUGUCUUCACUGGAGACCACAUGCAGAUGAAUCCAGAAGUGUAUUCAGCAUUCGCUCGUGAAAAGGGUCUGCAGCGAUCACUUCCCGAGCGCCUCUUUUCUCAUUACAGUGAAGACACAUCAUCAAAGGAUGAAAAUGUCAUCUUUUUGCUGGACAACUACCGCAGCAACAAGGACAUCUUGGAUUUCCCGUCCAAAUAUUUUUAUAACGGGAACAUCAAGGCCAAAGGACAUGCAGAUAACCCCAGCCAUCCAGUGAUGGGCUCGUUAAGUUUUCACAGUACAGAAGGCCGAGAGGCGAGGCAGCAUGACAACACAUAUCUGAAUACAGCUGAAGUAGAUAAAGUAGUUGAACUGGUGGAGAACCUGGACCGGUCGUGGCCGGAAUGUUGGGGGGAAAAGAACUUGCAAGAUAUCGCUGUAGUUGCUGCUUACAGUUUUCAGGUGCGAGCUAUUCGAGAACGAUUGAGAACGAAGAGACUUGGAAGCGUAACCGUUGAGACGAUCCAUAAUGUUCAAGGGAAAGAAUUCAGAGCAUUAGUUAUAAGCACAGUCCGAACAAGACACUCCAUAGAACCAUCUCGUCUUCAAGAUCAUCAUGAAGAUCUUUCGUUGCAAUUUCUUUCCGAUCCAAAGCUCUUAGUAACCGCCGUGACUCGAGCAAAGUCACUUGUGGCUGUGGUAGGUGAUCCUGUUGCUUUGUGUACUAUUGGAAGUCGUGAAUGUAGAUCUCUCUGGAAGAACUAUAUAUCUUCCUGCGACAAUCUUAAGGCUUUGUAUGGUACAACGUGGCAAGAUUUGGUCCGAAAAAUCGGAGAAAUCCGAGCUGGAGAUCGGGUAAAGAACAUUUUUCUUAAUCCAGAAGCAGCAUCAUUUGUUCCAGGCAAUUCACAGUCAACUGAUGUUGACCAAGAAACGUCUGAUGAUGACGAUGAUCCUAACACAGAGCAGCUUGAUGAAAUCAUUAAAGCUUUUAUCAAGAAAUUCAAGGAAAGGGAAGCCUUUGAAAAAGAUUUUCCAUAUUUAUCAAGAAAUAAUGAGCAUUCUUUGCCCUCGGGAGUCGAUGAUGCAGGAGCACGGCCACCGAAAAGAAACCAUUCUAGAUUACUUGAUUUGAAAUCGUUGCGAUGUAAAUGGCUCAUUCGUAGAAAAAAUGGCCGUGAAGAAAUACUUUUGCUUGAUCUGGGUCACGACAAACGAUCCGACCAACCUGUUGUUUUGAACCCAGAAGAAGAGGAACCAGGCAUUGCAGACCCCAAAGAAUUAAAACAGAAGCUUGAGGGGGACCCAACAAGGUACCUGACCGCUCGCCUUCAUAUUGGAAGCGACAGAUUCAGGACUACGUACGCCGUUCUCCAAGAUAAAACCAAACCUGACAUACAAGUGAAAGGGUCGAUCAGACAGGCAUUUAAUGGGGAUACAGUUGUCAUCGAUUUACAAAGAGAUAAUCUGGCGAUUAAAGGGAAUGUUGGUUAUUUUAUCGGUGUGCUAAACCAAUUUGCUGAUCCUCGUGGAAGGCAAUAUGUUUGUGAAGUAGACCAUAAAAACCCUUCGAUUAUGGUGCCUAUUGACAGAUCCUUCACAAAGAUCAUGAAUGUCAGCGACAAGAAGUGCAAAGAUAUUCCGAUAUACGAGAAAGAUGAACGUGGAAGGCUAGAGGAGAUCAAAAUGUUAAGCUUGCAAGAAGCUCAAAGCGAAAAAUGUUUGUUCCUAGUUGAGUUUCUGAAGUGGAAAAAAGGCUUCCCGUUGCCUUUGGGAUGCGCCUUGAAGACUAUUCCAAGAGGCGACAAACUAGACACUUCCAAGGAAAUACUUCGUACAGAAUUGGGAAUACCCAAGAACUUUAGCAACGACAUCCAGGAAGUGCUCCAGAAAUCAACCCCUGAAGUACAUCAAGUACAAAGUGAGUUAGCCAAACGGACGAGGGUAACUAAUGCCUUUACUAUUGACCCACCCCAAGCCAGAGACUUGGAUGAUGCUAUUUCACUAGAUGUCAUUGGAAAUGAAAAGUUCAAGGUUGGGAUUCACAUCGCUGAUGUAAGUUUUUUCGUACAAAGUGGUACUGAACUGGAUCAAAAAGCACGACAGAGAGGUGUGUCUUACUAUUCUGGUCAAAGUGGGGAAGAAAAUAUACCCAUGCUUCCACGUGAACUAAGUGAGAAUAUCCUUAGUCUCCUGCCAAAUGAGGACCGCUUGACUGUUUCAGUUUUCGUUACUCUUGACAGUAAAGGAAAGGUCGUCGGUGAAGAAGAGAUUUUGAGAACUGUGACGCGUUCUCGCUGUAGGCUUAGCUACUCUCAAGCACAGCAGAUAUUAGACAUGGAGAAGCAUGAUAAUGUAGAGAGAGUGCCUGCCGAAGUGCCUCCAGCAAUUAAGAGGCUUCAUUCACUUGUCGUGAAAAGGCGCUGGCAGCGUCUUAAAGAAGCAUCUUUUGACCAUUCAAACAACAGAGAACACGCAGAUGCACACGAGCUUAUCGAAGAGCUCAUGAUUCUUGCCAAUCAUACUGUUGGUGAUAAAUUGCUUAGAGAAGUUGGAAAGGGUACUCCUUUUCGCACUCAAGACGAACCUAAAGUCGACAAUCUUAACGAGUGGGCUUCAAGCUAUGGUUCGUUUGCCAAGUACUCUCUCGCCUUGCAACCUCAUCUUGAGAGUAAAGAUAUCAAGCCUGAAGUUAGGGAAACUAUCAUGUCUAAACAGAAUAUUUUCAUCAAGAACGAAGUGUGGGAAGAAAUUCGCAAGGCCGUAGCAUCUAAAGACCACAGAAAAGUAACAAGGUUAAUAUGCGACCCGUUUUGUUCCCUCCAGAUUGCAAUAGCUCGACAGAAUCUAAUGAAAAUCCAAUGCAGGUCACAAUACCAAGCUGGCAUAGAGGAACCAUACCACCAUUCCUUGAAAUUAAGAAGCUACGUUCACUUUACCUCGCCCAUCAGGCGUUACGUAGAUAUCGAAGUCCACCGCCUCCUUUUGGCAUUGAUACAAGGAAAUGGUCUCAAUAUGGAACAACAAGCUUUGAGUGAAGAUGAGAUGACAACGCUCUGCCAGAGAGCAACUUUAGUGAAGGAUAACUCGGGGAAAUUUGAGAAGGAAUCUGAACGCCUCUAUUUUGCCUCCAAACUAAAACAAAAAAGCCUGACUGGUAUGUUUGUGAUAGACAAGAUCGAAGAACAUGCCUUUACCAUUCAUCCUGUAAAUCCAGAGCAAGAACAACUGUUGGGCAACCAGAAGACGAUUUCGUUUGAUGACUUAUCACCGUAUUCUAAAUCAGAAAACACCGAUGGAGCUCCAAGAACAACUUUGAAAUGGAGAUUCAGGAUGUACAUUGCCUCCUCCUCAAGAAAGAGUUAUAGAGAUUUUGCAGGUUCGAAAAAGGAUGAUCCCUUGUUUGCAUUAAGUAAAGAUGCUGACGACAUCAAGACCUUCAUGGAGCAUAAAUAUCGGUUUGAAGCUCACAAGAUCGAAGGGGAUACCUGGAUGAGGAUUAUAGAUGCUAUCAAGACAAGUAGCACACCCCAACUGUUGCGCCAUUUACGAGAAGCAGACCAGAUGAAACAAAAUGUUGAUGAUGGUGAUGAUGAUGAUGAUGGUGAUGAUGAUGAUGAUGAUGAUGAGGAUGAUGAUGAGGAUGAGGAUCACGAUGACGAAGACGAUGACCAUUUUUUCAAGAUAAACUGGAAGCUCAAACAGUACGACAUGAUAUGUCUUCAGCUGCACUCGCGAUUGUACCGUGGAAUGAUCCAACCAGAUGAGCAGUUAUUAAAAGUAUCCCCUCAUUUUGGUAUUUGCUUAGAGCACCAUCGAGAUCCCAGAGGGUGUUUUGCUUGCCAUGCAACCGGACAAGUCAAUACGAUGAAAGUCUAUCAAACAAUCCCAUCGUAUAUUCACCGUUGGAAACCUCUGUUGGAAAUGGAAUCGGCUACUGGUGCAGUAAGGCAGAGUGAUGGAUAUACUCUAAAAGACCUUGAAGUUACAUGGAGUCUGAAGGAUGAUACCAUCAAAGGACAGUACACCCUUACAAGCUCAUACUGUGAAGAUCGACAAAUAUACUUCAAUCGGGGAGAUUUCACGUGCGUGAAGAUUUCAUGUGGGUCUGUCGAAACCAGCGCUGAAACAAGUUCAUCCUUGCGUUAUACCAAAUCCCCGGACAACGCAUCGACGGUCAUCUGGAUAGGACAUGGUAUUAUCAAAGAAUGCCUAGUGAAGGGAGAAAAAACAAAAGAGAAAGAUGAAAGGAAAGCGACGGUAACUCUAAAGAUACUGCAAAUGUCAUCUAAAUUUCCUCACGAACUACAAGAUGAACAGCGGUAUAGAAUUAUGUGUGAUUUGGAUAUCAUCUACCAACCGCUACCGUUAAGGCGCAUGAACGAAGCACUAACCGUGAAAUUGGAGAAUGGUUCGGAUUUGGUUCAGAAAAUCUGCCUAGGAAAAAAGACUCCGAAAGCUAGUUUUCCUCUUCCCCACACGAAAAACGAACUAUCUCUCGCGGUUCACUUCGAAAAGUCUGGUUUUCACUCAUUAAAUGAAUACCAAGAGAAGGCUGUCCGACAGGCUUUAAAGAAAAACUUCUCGCUCAUUCAAGGUCCACCAGGUACUGGCAAAACUGUUACAGGAAUCCAUAUUGCUUAUUGGUUUGCCAAGGUAAACAGCGAAAUGAUGCCAAGAAAUGCAAGCGAGGACGAAAAGCCCCCAGCGGCACCCCCACAGGUUCUCUACUGUGGGCCCUCCAACAAGUCUGUUGAUGUCGUUACAGAAUAUCUCCUGAGGAUUCCUGAGAUGAAGGACAAGAUUCUUCGAGUUCACGGUACUCUGAUUCAAGAAACCGAGUAUCCCAUCCCAAACAAGAUUGGAAGCUGCAAACCGACCACGAGUAAAGACGAACUCAAGAUUCCAGAAGGCGAAGUUAAAGAAGUUUCUCUUCAUCAUUUCAUAAGAAGUAAGGCGUCGCCUUACUCAGAGAAGCUAGCAGAAAUGGAGGCAAGGUUUGCGGAAUUGAAGAACAAGAAAGAAGAAAAGAAGAAGAAAAAGAAAGUCCCAGGCGCAUAUGUUGAGGAGUAUUGUAAAUUGAUCUCCGAAGCUGAACGAUGGGCAAUCCAGAGAACUGACAAAGAGAUAAUACUCUGCACGUGUUCCCGAGCAGGCAGUAGGACGAUCACUGAAUUCUGUGAUAAUAUUCAGCAGUGUAUUAUCGAUGAGUGUGGGAUGUGUACGGAACCAGAGUCUCUGGUCCCCAUGACGUCAUCCAAUGCUAAACAGUUCGUUCUGAUUGGUGACCACAAACAGCUGCAACCAAUCGUAAUCGACAGACUGGCCAAGAGCUUUGGGUUACAAGUAUCGAUGUUUGAACGACUUUCCAACAGGGCAUUCAUGCUUGAGAUUCAAUACAGGAUGCAUCCAUCGAUCUGUGAGUUCCCGUCUAAAUGGUUUUACGGGGGCAAGUUAGAGACACCAGAUAUCGUGAAGUCCCGCACAACAGCCAAUGUGCAAAUUUGGCCUGCACCAGUGGACAAAGAUCUAAGAUGUGCUUUUUGUCAUGUGGAAGGAGAAGAAAAGUCGACGGUCAUUUCUACAGCUGAAAGUGGUGUCGAUUCAAAAUACAACGACGAAGAAGCUGUCAAGGCCGUCCAAGUGGCUGAAUACCUGGUUGACAACCACAGACAACAGAUAAGAGAGAAGAACAUAGUCAUCCUGACGCCAUACAGACAACAACGCAAAGUCAUUCAAGAUCUUCUGAAAGAUGCUGACAAGGAUAUCCUUGUUACUACUAUCAUUAAAAGCCAAGGAAGUGAAUGGGACUAUGUAAUCCUGUCAUUGGUUCGUUCGGUUCCUGAACAAGAAUUGGAACCUGAACCAUCGUCAUCAUGGCUCGGUGAACAUCUUGGAUUCAUUACCGAUGAUCACCAGAUUAACGUGGCCCUGACACGAGCUAAACAUGGACUUGUUAUCAUAGGUAACAAGAAGCUCCUGUCAUACAGUCCUACCUGGGCAGCCCUCAUAGAACAAUACGAAAAAAACAGUUGUGUUGUCGAAGGAAACCAAUGGCCAGUACCAGACUAGCUUACUAGAUUUGUCACUACCAAACAGGCUGGUGGCAGAUAGUCGGUCCAAUUUCAUGGAUGUUCCGUGCAGGAGCUUCGUGUAUUUCAUCUAUAAUCAACGCUCUAAAUGCACCCAUACUCAACAAAAUAUGAAUUUUACAAAGUCAACUUCACAUAUAAUCAACUUGUUGUUCGCGUACAUGCAUAUUACGUAAUUCUUGGGGUGCAUUGCACGUCAUAGCAGCCAUGUAUGUUCACUUUGACAAUGCAUUCCUGAGUAGCUUCACUUAGUGGAUCUUCCAACAUAUGGCGGCUGUUUUAUUGUUUUUCGAAUCUCAAGGGAUUUGAGUGUUUUGGUUGCACUCAAAGAAUAGUACUUUUCACAGUUCCUUGGGUCAUCUUGAAGGGUAACCGUGCCUUUGCAUCGAAGCGAAACGAACGGCGAGCUUGCAAUGACAGAGACCUUUUUUAAUACCUUGAACAAUUAUUCACGUCACAGGACUAAUAAGUUUAUAUGACCACCAACUACAUUAGCCAGUUCAAGAGACCAUGAAAAUCUUUCAGUUACUUGGCCAGUUGUAAUAACAGCUAUAUUCAGUAUAAUUACCAUGGAAACUGAAUAACUUGGUGGUCUAUCAAAUUUUAAGUGUGUUUUUAGUCUAUCAUUCUCUGUAAAAACAUUAGCUUUUGUAUCAUCUACUUAAUAUAUGCAUGUUCAGGACUCUCCCUAUUAGGGUACGUCAUACUCGUGUUACUUCAAUUUCUACGCUUAUAAGAAAUGCUUCAUAAAAUCAUAUCCAACAAGUCAGUGCAAAAACACAUGCUUUUGUAGAGAUCCCCACUUCUCACCGAGUGGUUGGGAGAUAACUAGGGCAAGAAAUUUGAAUUAUUAAAAAAAUAUUUUUGGAAAUUAAAACCAUUUUAAAGGACUUUUAAAUUAUUGAUUUGCAUUUAAUAGAAAAUGUUUUUAAUUGUAUCUAUAUUCAUCGAUCUGAUACUCAUUAAUAAUUCAUAAGCUCAUAGACCAACCAGGGUUUCUUAUUUGUACCAAGUGCAGUAGUUUGAAACCCCCAUCAAAUAUGACCGCACACAUUUCAAAGUACUAGAACUUUGAAAUAAAAACAAACAACAAAAAGAGUAUAAGAUGUUGCAUCAAUAUAAGAUAUUCGUCAAACAUUGGUUCCCAAUAUUUUGUUCCAGUAAUAUCCACUAUUUCGUACAAAAUAGCUGGAAUUAGAUAUGACAUCUUCGGCAUUCUUCUUUCCGGAUAUAUGGCGCGACUCUAUAUUUUUAAAUAAUCGUAUUCUUUUAUCAUGUAACUCGCGCAAAAUCAAUUUUACUCAUAUAAAUUAAAUUAUUUGUUCAUUCACUUUCAAAAAUGCCAAAAUUUGGUUCUUUGAGAAGAAUGUACAAAGAAACAAAGCAGUACGACAUGACAAGCCCUUGAUAGAGUUCAACGUCUAAAUGGAAUGGUUUGCUUUCAGCAGAAGGCUUACACAUUUCUAAUCAACUGCUUGACAAGAGUUUUAAAUCCUCUAGUUUUAUGCUAUCUAUGAUUAGGUAAUUAAUAAUUGCACUAUUGUAUAUAGCCUGUGAUAUAGAAGUCAUGUAAUGUAGGUAUUACAGCUGUAGUUCAAUAAACACUAAUGCCAUUACUGUAU